CUUGGACACAGCUACUACGCCACAGGAAGACACUGCUUGACCUACAUUACACACAUACAUCUUUCAUUUGCAAUAAAAUAGAAAUACAUUGUUUCAUCAAACCGUUGGACCAUGGUGAGAUUCUAAGCCAGGAUUAUAUAUAGCCAGAUAUGUCAAAUUCCCGCCCCAAUACCAUCCAUGCAAUGUAUACUUCGAGGUCGUAAGUUUGAUUCGCUUACCGCCCACCGUGACCACCAGGGCCACCGGGACCGCCUCCAUGAUGACCUCCAGGACCACCAGGGCCACCGCCAUGCUGGCUUCCAGGACCGCCUCCAUGCUGACCGCCAGGACCACCGGGGCCACCUCCAUGUUGACCACCAGGGCCACCAGGACCGCCAUGGCCACCAGGACCGCCAGGACCUCCUCCUUGGUGACCACUAGGGCCACCCUGAGGGCCCUUGUGAUGUUCGUGGUGACCGAAGAGACCCAUUAUGUGUGUUUGUGGGUGUGUGUGUAUGAUUUUGAUAGAUUGGAGAGGAAGAAUGAGGAAGAUGGUUCAGAGAGAUGGUUAUCUACCUUCCAGUACGGAGGUGCAAAUUGACACCCUUUUAUAGACAACGAGCAUGACGCCAAGCAAUAAACCUCCUCUCUGAAGUUGUGAUGCUGGUGACCGGUCCCAUCGCGAUGGAGCAAUUGUGGCGAUAUUGCUAAGUAAGCGGAGUAUCUAAACUCAGCCUUACCCCACAGCCUUAGUCCACCUAUGACGCGGCCAUGUGCUCGACCGAUACACCGAGCCCUAAGAACUCGCACGCUAGUCUUAUUCACGGUUAAUGCAAUUCAAUGGAUCAGAUAAGUACGUUCGUGGCGGUGAUUGUGGGGAUAUCCACUGCAGAAUGUUGAGUUCAUAAUUCUCCUAAUCAGAUGACCCAUUUGGUAGGACUAUUGCGGUCCCGAUGGGGAUCCAGAUUCUACUAAGAAUGGGAGGGAACAGCCCAGCACCUCUACGUUUUGAUUCGAUGGUCGGUGGAAUCUCAACAAUUCGAAUUAUGGGAUUGCGGUAGCAUGAUAAUGUCUUAUCGCUGGGAGGGUUCGUUAAGAUGAUGUGUGAUAGACCAAGACACCAGGCCGUAUAAGGCAUGUCGGUGUGAGUACGUGCUAAGGGCAAGCUAACUACUGAAGGAUAAGCCUCCAGACCUACCAAUAUGCGGGCGAAUAGCGCCCAUGGGUCUGACUGUGGCGUAUGCCUACUCCACGGUGAUAAUCAAUCUACGGUAUUCAGGCUAAGAUCGCCUAGGUCCUGCUUCC